CUCGCCGACUUCUGUUCUGCUCCAUGCUGACCUCAUCUCAAGACCCGUCGCUUCUAACUCCUUUAUAACUACGCAUUGGUUGACACUCAUUUGCAUGAAGCAAGACGUCCAUUCCAAUCUGAUCGUAAAUUAAUUUCGAGGAUCUGGUGAUAGAGGGAAAUAUGGAAAUUUUUAUAGUAGCCAAGAAAUUAUGGAUGAAACUCAAUCUCCGGGGAUGAUCGUUGUGAGCCUAUCUCUGCAAGUCGCUCUCAUAUUUUUGGCACCCAUUCGCAAGAGGAGUUCACGAAGGGGGAUCAUACUACUCACCUGGUCAGCCUACUUGGUCGCUGACUGGGUCGCUGACUAUGCCUUUGGACUCAUUUCCAAAGCCCAAAUCACUGCUGGUACUUCAAAUUCCGAGGCUGCUGCAUAUGCUGACCUUUUGGCAUUUUGGGCUCCAUUUCUUCUGCUACACCUCGGAGGACCCGACACCAUCACGGCUUUUGCGCUCGAAGAUAAUGAGCUGUGGCGUAAGCACUUGCUUAAUCUCUUAUUCCAGCUAGGCGUUGCAGGCUAUGUAUUUUAUCAAUCGCUGCCCAGUAACAAGCUAAUUGGGCCAACCAUCCUCAUGUUUAUUGGUGGAAUCAUCAAAUACAUAGAGCGAACAUAUGCGCUGUGGCUCGGAAGCUUUAGUAAAUUCCGUGACUCCUUGCUCGCGUCUGAUGAUGCUGGCCCAAACUAUGCCAAGCUCAUGGAAGAAUACUCUUCCAAGAAGGAAGCUAAUAUCCCUGCUUCAAUAAAGAUGACGCCGGAGCCCGAUAUGGAAUCCCCGUGGAUGAAGCUAAAAGCAGAAAAGCGAAAGGACCAACCACGUUGGACGACAGAGAAGUGAUAAAAGAGGCAUUUAAUUACUUCUCAACCUA